AUGUCAGCAUCAGUAUCACCCGAACUCCACAAUCUACUGGAAAUAACAACAAAACCUCAUUCAUUCAAACAAAACCCCAACAGAAAACCAAUAGGUAAUAGAAGAUAUAAACCAAGUAGACAAUUAAUAUCAGAUGAAAUAAAAUAUAUUCAAUCAAAAACAAAUUUACCAAUAGAUAAACCAACUUAUUUAUCAGUUACUUCACCACCAAGUUUAAAACCUAAAAAACAUUAUUGUGAUAUUACUGGUUUAAAGGGUAAUUAUAAAAAUCCUUCAAAUCAAUUAAGAUUUUAUAAUGUUGAAAUUUAUCAAGAAGUUAUUAAAAAUAUUCAACCUGGUGUUGAUCAAGCUUAUUUAAGUUUAAGAGGUGCUAAUGUCGUAUUGAAAUAG